UAUGUUUUUCUUGUGCUCACCUCGUUGGUUUUUACGGCGGAUGCACGCUGGUAUCACAACAUCAGAGCUCGCCAAGGGCGCGCGGAAAGUUCACCACAAAGUCUGUGUAUGUGUGUGUGUCUGUGUAUGUGUGUGUGUGUGUGUGUGUGGUUUGACGCUCAUGUGUGCUCAGUCUGUCUGUCUAAUAGAGUGACCCCCCAGCGCGCUGUUUAAAGGGAAGACAAGAGAGCUGAGUCAACGAAUCACAAGGAGAAGGAUGCAACAGUUGAUGUGCGCGAGUUGCAGUUUCCGUGCAUUUGGAGGCACGCGGAGGAUGGUGGCUUUGAUCUGUGUGGAGCAAAGAGUGGAUGUUUUGCUGCUUUAUUAAAACCCCUCAGCUGUCAGAUUAAACACAAAGACCCACGCGUUUAGUUCGAGGCUGUCCACUCGCGCGUCUUUCCUGCACCAAAAUGGACAUUUGGACAGACCCGCAUUUGGAGGGACUUCAUGCUCUGCUGGAAUGAAGUUGGAGCGGGGACUUGGGAUGGUCUGCGGCGGCGAGUAGCAGCGCAGUCUUGCACCAACAUGCAUCGGAUUCUGCAGAGGAGGCGAGUGCGCAAGCUGCGGGUCGUCUGGGCUUCGCUGGCCCUGGUGGCUCUGUCUCUGGCCGCAUGCAGCGCGCUGUUCACGGCGUGGACUUGGCGACAGACGCGGGACCUGUCCCAGUCCUUUAAGAUCCUGCAGGACCGAAUGGAGCAGGUCAAUACACAGAGGAAGGCCAUUGUUCAGCUCAUUCUGGAGAAGAGAGAGCUGCUGGUGGGGCAGAGAGUGAAGAGAGACGGGGGAGCGCUGCGAGGGAGGAAUGGAAGUGGAAAGAAAGCAGCGUCUCAUUUUGAGAUAACCAAAGUCUCCUCUCAGCAAGUUGGAGAGGGAGGCGUGAUAAAGGGUUGGGAAGAGAGGACAUUGAAUAUGAGUAAAGCAGUGAGGUACAACAAGGAACAAGGCACCUUCACUGUGGAGAGAGCGGGCGUCUACUUCCUGUUCUGUCAGGUGUUGUUCAAUGAGCAGCAGUCUCAGUAUGUGAAGCUGGAUGUGGUGACCAGCGGCCAGAGGCCUCAGAAGCUGCAGUGCAUGGAGGGUUACGGGACGACCCCCUCCGCCGGGCCGCACCCUUUCCACUUCCUGAAGCCCUGCCAGGUGUCCGGCCUCCUGCGACUGGACAAAGGCACGGAGCUGCAGGCCAUCACAGGCUCGUCCUUCAGACUCCACACUCUGGGCAACCCGUCAGCCUCGCCUCACAUCUUCAGCAUCUUUAAAGUCAACUGAAGCGUGGAUCCUUUUAACGCAAACUCAUCUGAGAACAUCAAAACUUCUUGUGUGUCUGGAUGAGAUCUUUUUUCUAUACGGUUAAACAGUCAUAAGCAGUCGGGGCAUCACAUCUGGCCAUAGCUGCUUCCCAAAGACGUUAAUUUGAAAGACAAAACUGACAUUUGUGGAAGUUGUUGUGGAAUUUUUUCUCUGGACAGCAGUGCUGUUUUGGAACGCAAAACACAGACUUUUGGAUUUAAACCAAGACCUGAAGUGGACGAAAUGCCUCGAUGAACGUCUGCCGAGAGAACAGAUGUGAUGGAAGCUGUUUUGUAGAUAAAGGGCUUCAUAUAAAAAGAAAAAUACUUGGAUGUUCAUUUUAGCCUUCGUAUCCUGUAAUAAAUUGUGCUUACACUCUCUUUAUAAGACUGACAGUAAAGCUGUGCAUGCACCUUCCACUUUUAUAUCGCCAGUGCCUCGAGGAGCUGAGAGCACGUCCGCAAGCGUCCAAUCUAGACACUAUAAAUGACCGUCAUGAGCUGUCAGUGAUAUUUUAUACGUCUGUGUGUGAAUCUAAUGAAUCAAACAGUUCUUGUUUAUACUGAUUUUAUGAUCUUUACAAUGCAAUGUGUGUCUGAGUGUGAAAUUAAGUCUUUUUUUAAAACUUUGUAUAUACGUCACACAUAUUUUACUCUGCGCAUAUCAAGUCAGAAGCUGGCAAAAAAGGGGACAUUUUAAAUAACAUGGAUGUGAAUUUGUGCUCUUUCUUCUAAGGUCAGAUUUGACUGUAAGGUAUUUGUAUGUAUAGUACAAGACUUUUGACUUUUUACAUAGACUUUUGGAAAGUACUUGCAAGUUUCAGUAAGCAAAGCAAACAGGUAUAAAUACAAUGGUGUCUCUCUU